AUGAUGAAGUUGGACAGCUUCAUCAAAGAGACUCAGAGAUUGAAUCCUCCAGAUCUCGCAAGCUUCCAGCGUAAGGUUAUGUCGGACAUCACUUUGUCGAACGGUCUUCGAAUCCCAAAAGGCGCGCGCAUUGCUCUACCGACCGGGGCAAUCAACAUGGACAGCCAGUUCUUUGAGGACCCCGAAACCUUUGAUGGCUUCCGGUACUACAAGCUUCGGAUGGAAAGUGAGGAGGCCCGGAAGAGUAGCCAGAUGGUGACAGUGGGAAAGAAAGAUUUGACAUGGGGCUAUGGCAGGCACGCCUGUCCGGGUCGGUAUGUUGCUGAAGUUGCAAUGAAGCUGCUCAUCAUUGAGUACAUCGUGCGUUAUGAUAUCAGUCUACCUGCUGGUAUCAAAGAGCGUCCAAAGAACAUCGAAUUCGAAGGGCUGAUGCACGGGCUGCAGAAGGCGAGGUUCGACUGA